AUGGCCAUGUUUUGUCUAGCUUUGGUCACGGUAGUGUUUGUGCUGGCCGGAGCACCACAACCCUGCCGCUGUGAUCGUACACAACCCGCUGGCAACGAUGUAGCGCUCCGGGCUACGCUAUCGAGUGAUAACGCGCUGGAUGGAAACGUUUGGAGCAGAAUCCGCGAACGGGUGCUUGGCGGAGAGGAUGGGAACAAUUUGAUUUCGUCUGCCAGGUUACCACACGCCGUACCGCCAUCUACCGAGCUGAUGUUUCUCGAAUCGCUGAUCAAUCGCUACCGGAAGUACAUGGUGGAACGAGUUGUACGGUUUGAUGACGCGUGCUCGUUGCUGUUUGGCGGCGAGGACGAUGAGGCGGACGAGGUUGGUGAACCGCCACAGGUCGCGGUCGAUUCGCGCACAGAAACAUCGCACAGCAGAGAUCGCCCCAAUGCACUGGUGGACGGUAGCGUCGGAAGUUCCUUCCAGGGUAAUGGGGGUGGUGGUGAGUCGUUUCGACCGGAAAUCAACGCAUCCCACCAACUGCAACGAGAUGGUUUGACGAUGCAACUUACAAGAUCGACCCAUAACGGUUUUUGUUCGCGAAACGUGAAACAGUACUACCAGUGUCUUUUGGAUCGCUUCAACGAUCAGCAACUGAUCGGGAUGGUGCGGGACUAUCUGGAAUCGUACUGCGCCCGGCCGGGUCCGUUCGACCGCAGUAUGGCAGCGCUGCAGAAACGCGACACACCGCGCUAUGUGUCGAAGCAGAAGUUCCACUCGUGGGGCGGCAAACGGAACACGGCACAGGUGUUUUAUCCGUGGGGUGGUAAACGCACCAUACCGCGCGCACACAAACAACCGAAGGUGGUCAUCCGGAAUCCGUUCCACUCGUGGGGUGGCAAACGAAGCGGAUUGACGGACGAAGAUUCGUUCCUCACCUGA